AAAUAGAUAAUAUGGUAUCUUCACCACAAUAAUAACUUUGCGUCCUCAAUCACGGCCCUCCAUCUCUUUCCAUCACAAAGCCAAGGUAAAGUCCGUUUUCCAGAUUAGCUUUAGCCGAGGGCAUUAUCAUCACAGAGAAAGUACCGUCAUAUCCUCGUCGACUUCGAGCCUAAACCCCGCCCCGCAAUUCAGCGUUUAGUCGUUUACCAUUUUCUCUUUCCCUACUGCGCACCGUUUCUUUCUCCGCCCGAAAACAUCCCCUGCUAGGCGCGUCUCCUACACGCUAUUCAACGGUCGGUCCUCCUCCGUACUUAAUACCAAUUCUUCUUUCUUCUUCAGUUCUCGGCUUCUCUCCGGCCCUCUCCUUUUCUGAGUUUUUACUCUCUCUUUCCUUCUCUGUGUAAAACCCUUGCUAGGGUUUUGGCUAAUUGGGACUUAACAAGUGGUUAUUGCUUCAAUGUUCUGUUUAUCCUCUAUAUAAUAUGCAAUUCUACUGUAAGCGCACACAAUGAUUGAGAAAUCCACGAAACAAAAGAAGGGAAUAGUUAGUGAAGAAGACAUCUCGACUCUCCUGCAAAGGUAUACAGCGAAUACAGUGCUGACAUUGCUUCAAGAAGUGGCUCAAUUCGAAGGAGUGAAGAUUGAUUGGAAUGCGCUCGUGAAGACAACGACUACAGGGAUUUCUAAUGCGAGGGAGUACCAGAUGCUAUGGAGGCAUUUGGCCUAUCGACACGCCUUGCUUGAAAAUUUUGAACAUGGAGCUCAGCCUUUGGAUGAUGACAGUGAUUUAGAGUAUGAAUUACAAGCAUUUCCGGAUGUUAGUAGUGAAGCUUCAACGGAGGCUGCGGCUUGUGUCAAGGUCCUGAUUGCUUCUGGUUCACCAAGUGACUCCACCCACCCAAAUAGCACAACAGUUGAGGCUCCCUUAACUAUAAAUAUACCUAAUGGGCAAGCAGUUAGAGCUACAUCAGAAAAUUUGCAACCUGCUACAAUGCGAGGGAUGAAUAUUACGGUUCCAGUUUCUGUUCAGAAACAGCCUCUGCCUGCAGCAACUUCCACUGAAGGAUUGGAUGCAAAUGGAUCUGCAAGUGGCACUAUUCCUCCACGAAGGAAAAGAAAACCAUGGUUGGAGUCUGAGGAUAUGGAAUUGAUUGCUGCUGUGCAGAAGUAUGGUGAAGGGAAUUGGGCGAAUAUCUUACGAAGCGAAUUCAAGUGGGAUAGAACAGCUUCACAGCUAUCUCAGGUCUUUGAAUCUGGCUUAUGUCAACGAAAUUUCAAUCUGGGUUCACCUUCAGUAUUAUUUUUUCCUGGUCUAUCUCCUAUGAGAUUUCGGGGCAAAUUCUAUGUUGUUUUGGGCCUGGUUUUAUUUCUGCUAAUGGUCAUAGCUUGUCCCAAACAGAGGUGGGCCAUCAUUCGUAAGAGGCGGCUUGGCAACUGGAAUCUGGGAGGUAACACAAGCGGUGUGCAGUUAACUGAGGCACAGCGAGCUGCACGUCAUGCAAUGAAUUUAGCCCUUGAUCCACCGGUUAAGAGCACAUUUACAAAUAACUCUGGUGAAACAUCGUCUUCCCAACCCUCAUCUCAAAGACCCUUUGUAACAAAAUCAUCUUCGAUGGGACCACUGGGUUCUGCUGCAAACUCUCAAGUAGCUGUGAACAAACUAGUGAAGCCUGAUUUGAAUUCAAAUCCAGUAAGAGCUGCGGCAGUUGCUGCUGGGGCCCGUGUUGCUACUCAAUCAGAUGCAGCUUCAUUGCUCAAGGCUGCUCAGGCAAAGAAUGCUGUUCAUAUUAUGCAAGCAAGCAGUUCUUCAAUACCAUCCAUGCCUGGUGGUGCGUCCAGCCACUCUGAGGCUCGUCUUGAUGUCCACCUUAAUGACCAGGCAGCUGCAUCGGUUUCCACCCAUCCAGCUGUUUCAACCAGUGGCCCAUGCGUUGCUUUGGAGAAAGCUCCCUCACCAACCACUGAGCCUACUCCAAAUUCUAAUGCUGAGCUUUCAUCGAAGCAAGAUGCUGAAACCACUGAAGAGACAAAAAUUUUGUCAGAGGAUGUGACAAAAGUGCAAGUCCAAGAACAUCAAGGCAUUGUCUUGGGAAAUGUUCCUAGAGAGCAAGUUCAAGAAGAAAAAGCAGCCUUGCCAAACCAAGGAGCAGAACUUAAAACUGAAGUAGGUGUUGCUCAGAGUACUGAUGUAUCACGGAAAGUGAACAUGGUGGAUGUCCAUGGCAACCAGGCUGAAGGGAUUCAGAAAUCUAAUGUUGAUAAAGUCCCGUCUUUGUCAUCAGUUGGAAAAGAUGAAAACCAAUCUCCAGUUCAGGAGAAUGGUGACAAUAAAAGCACAAGCAACAAACAAGUGGAUCUGCCAAGAGUGGCAACUGAUGAAUGCAGUGAAAAACUUGAAGCUGUGUGCAAAGCAGAGCCUUGCAAUAUGAUGACUGACGGACAAGGUUAGUGAAUCUUAGGGACAAGGUUAGACAAUCUUGUGUAAAGUGGGAGAAAUUCAUUCUUUUUUCCUUUUCAGCGUAAUCUUAUAUUUGCAUUUUGAUUGACUCUUGAAAUUAAUUAGUGUAAAUUAGUUAACAGAAUUUUGUGGAAGGAAAAUGAUUGAAUGAUGACUUGAUUAUGGUCCAAAUCCUAUUUGCUUCCUGCAAUGAGAUUGCUUGGACUGCACACGAGCAUGUAAGAAAUAAAGCUUUCUGUUGGGCGCUAAAAUUCGCCAA